AGCCAAAUCUAAAUUGGUUUGAGAGGAGAGAAGAGGAAUGGGAGGAUGGAGCAGCUUUAUCUCUGUAGUGAGAGCCUUCUGUUUGCUUCAUGUUACCAACAACUAUCUCGGCACUGCCGUUUUUUUACAGACUUACGGUCCCAGCAUGCUCCCGACCUUGAACAUAUCAGGCAAUUUGUUGUUGGCGGAGCGCAUUUCGACCCUCACCGGCAAGCUUCGACCCGGAGAUGUUGUGAUCCUACGCUCCCCUGAGUCUCCUAGGAAGAUUGUCUGCAAACGGCUGAUCGGAAUGGAAGGUGAUCAGGUCACCUAUGUCGUCGACCCCAUGAACAGUGAUAGAUGCCAAACUGUUGUGGUUCCCAAAGGGCAUGUUUGGGUAGAGGGAGAUAACAUCUACGCUUCGAAGGAUUCCAGGAAUUUUGGAGCUGUUCCUUACGGCCUUCUUAAAGGCAGAGUGUUCUGGACGGUAUUGCCCCGUAAAGAUUUCGGAUCCUUGGCACCUAAACCAAAAUAAUUGCUUCAAUCUUUACAUAUAAGUAAACUUGUCUUCUUCAGCUUUCUUUUAGUGCCUCGCACGCACAAGAAUUGGCUGGAGGCAGAAGCGAACCUGAAAGUUCCAUCGGGCUGCGCAAUGAAGAGGAGUGGCCGCUAAGUUGUAGGAAAAGGAUUACAUUGUUUUGUCCAACUGAAAAAUCUAUGUUUUGACUUCUCAGGAAGAUGGUGUGAAGUUGGAUAGAUUCUAUUUUAGGUCCAGCCUUUGUUUGUUUGCAGUCUUGAUGUCUGGUGAUUUUAUGAAGUUAAAUGUUGAUCUGCUGA